AUGGAUCACCGUACCAGUGCACAGGACGUGAUGCGAUGUGACCUGUGUGAGACCACUGUGGUACAGAUACACUGUGAUACAUGCCUUGUUAACCUGUGCACAGCUUGUGUUGGAAAACAUAUGAUAUCUGAUGAAUCAAAUGAUCAUAAAGUGGUAAAAUUUCAGGCCAGGAAAUCCACUCCCCUCUACCCUAGAUGUACAUCUCAUAACAAAGAACGAUGUGAAAUGUACUGUAAACAAUGUGACAUUCCUGUUUGCAUCAGUUGUGUUGCACUUAAUCAACAUUUAGGUCAUGAAUUAUCCAAAAUCAUGCACGUUGUCGGUGAAAAGAAGGACAUUAUUAUAAAAGAAAGAAAUGAAUUAAAUGAUACAAUUUAUCCAACCUACCAGGACAUUGCCUCUGGUGUACAAAACAGAAUGACUCAGUUAGAAAAGGAAUAUGGAGAUCUCUCAACAGCCGUAACAAAACAUGGAGAGGACUGGCACAGAGAAAUUGACAAACUUGUCAAGAAACUUAAAGCUGAAAUUGAGGAGAUGAAAAACAAACAUUUACAAACUCUGCAAAAACAUCUGAAUGAAGUAAACAAGAACAUUUCUGACAUCAAGGAAGAAAUCAGUUCAGUUGAAAUUGCUAUAAACACCAAUGACUUGUCCAAACUGUUUAGUGUCAUGUCCAAUGUUCACAUAUACAGAAAUCUUCCACACAAAAUAAUGUUAUCUUUACCCAAAUUCAUUCCAAGAAAAAUCCAAGGAGAAGAACUUAAUAAACUGUUUGGAGCUUUGUCAUUAAGUUCUUUAACAUCAGAUAAACAUUGCUACAGCAUGAAGACGACACAGAAAUCACCAGAAGCUGGAUCCUCUCCUCAAGUCAAACAGCUGCGUGAUGAAUCAGAGAUUGUCACCACCAUAAAAACUGGGUAUGGAAUAUACCUUUUUAAUGAGGCCUGUCUGAGUGAUGAAGACAUCUGGACAAGUGGAAAAGACAGCACCAUGAAACUCUACAGCAUCAAUCAGGGAUCACUACUCAAGUCAAUCACAACCAAGUCAGGGGAAUGGCCAUCUAACAUAGCAGUGACAAAAAGUGGAGAUCUAGUUUACACUGAUUAUGUUGAAAGAACUGUGAACAUUGUGAAGAAUGAGAAGAUAGAGGAAGUGAUCAGACUACAGAACUGGAAACCUAAAGAUGUCUGUAGUACCUCCUCUGGUGACCUGGUUAUCAUGAACAAUGAUGAAAGCAAUCAAUCAAAAGUUGUCUGUUACACUGGCUCCUCGGAAAAACAAACCAUUCAGUUUGAUGAUAAAGGUAACCCUCUAUAUUCUCCUAGCUCUCUUUGUUUUAGAUACAUAACUGAAAACAGGAACCUUGAUAUCUGUGUGUCUGACGAUACGGCUAGGGCAGUAGUGGUGGUCAAUCAGGCAGGGAAACUGAGCUUUAGGUACACUGGACAUACUCCUGCUCCAAAGAAUGAACCAUUCAAUCCACGAGGAAUAACCACAGACAGUCAGAAUCACAUCCUUACGGCUGAUUAUAACAAUGAUUGUGUCCACAUCAUAGACCAGGAUGGACAGUUCCUCCGUUACAUAGACUGUAAACUAAGUGAUCCCAUGGGACUGUGUACAGAUACAUAUGACAAUCUCUUUGUUGCUCAAAGAAAUAAUAGACAAGUGAAGAAAGUGAAAUAUCUACAGUGA